CAGAAGUUCAAGAAGAUGGUGAACAGUCGCAAAUCGUUUGAUGUCAAGUCUCAACACCACAUAGAGAACCAGCAUAAAGAGAUAAGUGUCCUACAAGCGGAGCAAGAUGAGAUCACACUGCUUUUGAGACUUAUAAGAGCACCCAAGAACUUGGAGCUGGAUGAUAAAAAUUAUACUGAACUUAAAUUUUUGCUACAAACCAAGGAUGAAUAUGAUGCUUUAAUUAAGGCAAUGAAAUCACUGAUAACAGAACUGGAUGACAAGGUCACUAUCCAGUUUGACACGAUGCUAACCACCAAUUCCAAAGUCCGGCAAAACAUAGAGGAUCUGCGGUUUGAGAAGGCAGCAUAUGACAAUGUCUACCAGCAACUCUUUCGGCGUCUUCAGAUGCAAAGGAGAACAUUGAAUAUGGCCAUUGAGCAGUCUACGCAAGCUUACAACCAGCGGCUAGAAGCCCUGGCCCGCAUAUCUGCCAUGAAGGAUCGACGAAAAAAGGACAUCUUUCAAUUCAAAACGGAGAUGAGGGAGCUGGAAAGGAUUCAUGACCAUGAAGUAAAGCUGAAGGCUUUCUUACUCAUCAAACUUAUGGAUCGGAGUGAUUUUGAGGAAAUGGCCAAAAAGGAAGAAGUUCUUAAGGCCAGCAAGCCCCACAAGAAGUCCAAGACAGAGAGCUUCCAGAGUUAUGAGGUAGCCCACAUGCGCCUGCUUAAACUUUCGAACUACGGAAACGUGGACAAAAUGGUGGAUGAGUUCCUGGCGGAGGAGGAGAAGAAUUUUGCUCGGUUCAACUACGUGUCAGAACUGAACAAUGACAUGGAGAUGCUGCAGAAGAAAAUCCAGAGUAUUCAGGAUGAAAUUCACGUGUUGAGAUCUCAGAAGAAUGAUUUUGAUGAAGAAGGCGAGGAGGCGAUUAGAGAUUUGCGGGAAAAACUGAAAAAAACCACAGAAGAUGCCAACCUAGUUGAGAGUACCAACAGAGAGAUUAUGAAGACCCUCAAUCAGCUCAAGUCUUCUGUGGAAGUACUGUUUAAGAAGGCCAACUGUGACGCCACUCAGAUUUUGGAACACUUGGGGGAGACGGGGGCUAUCACGGAUAUUAAUUUCACACAAUAUUUUGCAAUCAUUGAGAAGAAGACUAAUGAUCUCUUGUUGUUGGAGUCCUAUAUUCGCUUCAUGGAAGGAGAAGGUGAACCGGAAAACAUUAGCGCUUUGCCAAACCCUUUCUGGGGAGGGUCAGUAUUCCUGAAACCACCUGAUGCUCUCAAAGUCUUUGCUCCAACCAUUGGUGCCGAUACCUUAGGUGAAAGAGAUGAGGAAUUUGACCGUCCUCUAAACCACAAUAAUCUCCGUAAUAUGGUGGCAGAAAAUUACAGUUACAGGGGUACAACAGAUGUUAUAUAUGAAAAACUAGAUGACAUCCGAGGCAAGAGAAAACCAUUGACGGCAUAG